AUGUACUACAUCACCUUAUUUUCUAUCUGGCUCGUCUCAUUUUUUGCUAUUGUCCCAGCAAAUCCAAUCGUUCGGAAAUCACCCAAUCCCAAAAUGUUGAGAGUUCGGUCUCCUGUCAGCAAUGAAGCCUUCUCAGAUGACUGGCCCACCAAUGUUGUCAUGGUCGGAGCAUCUCAAACCUAUGGCAUGUGGGUUCCGCCGGAUGGUACCACGUACGACUUGGGGAACAUCGAGUGUCUCGGAUUACCAGCCUAUGCCAUUGGCGAUUGCAACGACAUCACUAUUGAUAAAAUCGGUAUUGUCACAGGAUAUGGACCUUGCAAAUUCACGGGAAACGCGGGAUAUAGUGCCAUUCUCCCGGGGAACGCGGGUGAUGGGUAUUCGACAGUCGGACCACCGCAAAAUAUCUUGACUGCUGCAUGCGGACUUUGA